AUUUACCCGCAACCAUACACAUAAUAUUACUGCAACAGUGUUUGUUAAUCGUUAAUCAUAGUUAUUAUAAUAAUCAUACUGCGGUGCUAUUGUGGUCAGUUUAACUGAACAAAUAAUAAUUUAAGAAAUCUCCAAAAACUAAUAACUAAAUAUGUCCAUACAGUGGACCUUCAUUGCUGGGUAUCUAUAUUUCGAAAUUGCUUUAGUGAUGCUGAUGAUAUUACCUAUAUUCAGUCCUAGAAGAUGGAAUCAAUUUUUCAAAUCACGUCUGUUUUCAAUGUUUCGAGAAAACGUAGCUGUAUAUUUCUAUGUGUUCAUCGGUGUGUUGGCGUUGUUUUUGAUUGAUGCAGUGAGAGAGAUACGGAAAUAUUCAAAUGUUACGGACGUGAGCCACACUCAUUUAGCUACCGAAAUGAAAACUCACGUCAAGCUAUUUCGAGCCCAAAGAAACUUCUAUAUUAUAGGCUUUGCAAUUUUCCUGACAUUCGUAAUACGUAGACUAAUCACAAUGUUGAUUAUACAAGACGAAUUAAAACAGAAAGCCGAAAAAAUAAUAAAACAGGCAGAGGAGACAGUGAAACAGGCUAAAACAAGUAUCCUAGCGAACACUUUACAAUCAGAGGAAUUACAACAUUAUGAUGAAAUAAAUAGUCAAUUAGAGGAAACUAAAAUCCUAUUAAAGUUAGAAAAGGAUAGAGUGAAAUUACUAGAGGAUGAUGUCAAAAUGUGGCAGCAGAAAUGUGAGGAAGCCAUUGCCAGUAAACCCGGCAAAGGAGAUGAAUAAUUACGAAUCAGCCUUACUUCUUGAGACAUUUUAAUAAUUAAUGAAAAAUGUGGAUAGCUACUAAUUUUAAUAAUUAUGUCAAUAUUCUUAGCUUACAGCUUCAAAACAACUGCAUUCUUAUAACAAUACAAUAACCAUUUUAUUAUUUUUCGGCUUGAAAAUAAAUUCUGUCUAAAUGACACAUGGCAUAUACCCUAAACUUUUCUUAGUUUUUCAAGCUUGACUAACCUUAUAAUACAAAAUGGUGAGUAUAUUAUGGUCACAAUGUGCAUAACUUGUGUAAGAUUCAAUAUUGCAACCAAACAUGGUAGAUGGUAAGAUUCUUUUUUUUUAAUAGUGAGGGAUGGUCUUGCAUGCUUCUUUAAUUAAAAUGUGAUCAUGAUGCUCAAAUGAAACAUGAUGAAAAAAGUUUUACAUUAAUUCAAGGUCCUUUGAAAGUUACAGUUUUAGAUAUAAGUUUUUUUUGGUGUGGUAUUGGUUAACCAUUCAUGAACUCUGAUCUCUAAUUUAUCAAUUUAAUCUCAUUAUUCAUCUAACAUUAUUUUAUCCUUAAGGAUUUAUUUGUGCUAGUCUACAAUAUGAGAUUAAUGGCAAUGAUUUCAGCUUUUUUUAUGUUUAAAAUUAAUUGAUUAUAAUUAAAUGUAGAAAAUGCUAGUUCUAUAUUUAAAUCCCUUGUUUAUUAUAAUGAUAAUUGUGUUUUUAUAAUUGUUUUGAAAUAAAA